AUGAAGCUGAUUAUCCUGAGUGUUGCUCUUCUGGGAGUCUUUCUGGCCCCAGUCUUGGCCAUUGAUAAUAUCAAUGUAAAUAACGAGGAUAAUCGAGGGGGAAAUUCCCACCAGUCUGUGAGCAUCGAUAAUCAAAAGAAGGUGGUGAAUGUUGACAAUAACAACGGAUGGCACUCAUGGAACACCGUUUGGGAUUACGCCACUGGCUACACAGCUACCCGUAUAUUUGCUAAGAAAGCCUGCGUCGUUGCACCUCUGAAUAAAAAUAUAAUGCCAGAUGUGACGGUCCUUCCACAAGCCAUCAAGGAAAAGCAGAAGACCGGUGCUCAAGGACCUCCAUCCAAGCAACUGACUUACACUGUCUCCCAUAAUAAAAUUGCUGACCUGAGCACAUAUGGGAAGAAUAUUGAAAACCUGUGCAGAGGGAUUCCCACCUACCUUGCCCACGAAGUUAAAGCGCCAAGCUUUCUCUACUACUCUGGAUCCUGUUUCAGAACCAACAUCCUUUGCAUCCUCGGAAUCAGCUUUUGUGGAGAAACGUACGACAACAACUAUUAA